AUGGCCAGUAGACAGGCAAUCAUAAAGGUGGUUCGUGUCACAGCUCGGGAAGUUGAGGCAGAUAAGACUAUCGUCACGGACGAGUUCAAGGACAUCGAGCAGGACAUCGAGCUCCGAAAAGAAGGGAUCCUGAAGCUGCAGGCAGCUGCAGAAGAUUACCAGCAUGUGCUUUCCAAAAAGAAGGAAUCAACCGCUGCACAAGAGACGGAGAAACUCAUGCCGCUGGAUGUACUGGGAAUCGUGAUGAUCUCCCAUGGGGAAGAAUUUGGAGAUGAUUCUGCUUUCGGGACAUCACUGGUGAAGUUGGGUAAAGCCCAUUGCAAGGUUGCCACCCUGCAAGAGGCGUACGCCCUCACUUUUCAGGAUACCUUCAUCACCUCCUGCCAGACCUUCGUUCAAGACAUUAAGGACUAUGAACACCAGCGGAAGAAGCUGGAGAGCAGGAGGUUGAGCUAUGAUGCCGCUAUCACCAAGUUAGAUAAGAUCAAAAGCAGCAAGAAGGAAAAAGAAAAGGAGAGACGAGAAGCUGAGGAUGAGCUUCAACGCAGCCGUUUGCGCUACGAAGAAACUGCUGAGGAUGUGCGCUCCCGAAUGCAGGCUAUUCAGGAAGAUGAGAUACAACAACUUCGAGAGUUAACGUCGGUUUUGGAUCUCGAGCUCAAUUUCGCCAAGCAGUACUACGAGGUAUUACAGGAUGUGAAAGCAAACUGGUGUGACGAGUCCACUCUGGCAAAGUUCGAGACUCAACGGAGGAGCUUUCACCCUCCUGCCUUCUCACGCGCCACAGACGAUGGCAAAUUUAAUUCUGUAUCCAAGGGAUCCAUGAUUUCCCAUGCGUCUGGUGCAAUAGCUUCCUUUAACGAUUCCGAUGAGCACCAUUCGUCCCCUAUUUCUACCCGCCGCAAGUCGGACGCAGGGAACAGGAUUAUCUCACGACCAUCGUCGCGGGCGUCUCGCAAACGUUCCGAUAGCAAUGCUACACGGAAACGUUCUGAUAGUGAUGUCACAUCUGGUGCCCCCGAGACUCCAAAGGCAGAUAAGUCGGGUAAGAAGAUGAACGUUACCGGUUGGGCAUCGAGCGCUAUGAACUCGGUGACGGGAAGAGGGAAGAAAGACAGAGAUAACUUUGCAACUCUCACGAACGAUGACGACCCUGAGACAGAUAUCACCGACUCUCCCCGUCCUCCAAGCUCUCGAUCCUCUUCUCGGAAAUCAUCCAGCUCCAAAGCAAAAGAGCUACUUAAUGGGUCCCCAAAAAUGCCGACUCAAAUCAUGAAGCCGCCUUCCCAAUAUGCACGAAAGCUUGUUCGGGCGUUACAUGACUUUACGGGUUCAUCAGAUGAGCUCACCUUUAAAGCUGGUGACGAAAUUAUUGUUAUUCAUGAAGUCCUGGAUGACUGGUGGCUUGGCGUUUUAUCAAACGGUCGGAAGGGGUUGUUCCCCUCUACGUAUACAGAAAACAUAUCAUUGUCAUCAUCUUAUCGAGGCUCAGGGCAGUCAUCUGAAGACGACUUGCACCAUACUACCGCCAGCGAGGACAGCGAAGACGAUAUCGGUUACCUUCUCGGAGGUCGUGUUAUGGACACGGGCCAUCUAUCUGCGAGAUUUGGACGUGGUUUCGAUACAGAGAGUGUCACUAGUACCGUUCCUGAAGAUGAGGAAGAGUCAAGGUUGGUGACGGCGAAAAUUGUCGAAGAAGAAGAUGUGUACUAUAACCCGCGUCGCGCAUCUCCACAAUUGCUUCCACCUUCCAUUUCAAGCAGCCGACCUACCUCUGAUACCAGCUUUGCAAUCAAGCGCGCUCCCCCGCCUCUUCCGUCACGUCGACCGACCAACGCAGCUGCUCCCCCGUUACCUAGCCGCAACUCUAUCAGGCUCCAGUCACAGUCUGACAGUCCUCGUCCUCUGACAUCAGCAUAUCUCACACCAUCGCCUUCUGCGAGCAGUGUGCAAGGACCAAAUGUCUCACCUUUUGAUAGCCUGUUGGACGUGUCUUCCACUUAA